CUCUAACAUUACUCUUUAAGUCUUAAGCUUUGGCGCCAGAAGCACAGUUAAGCAAUAAGCACCACUCUUCUUUGUCGUAUCAUACACAAUGAACAUCUCCCAAACCCUAACUCGAACUUCACUCUUAUCUUCUCAUUUCUCCAUUCUUAAUCUCCCAAAGCUUCCUUCUCCUCACGGGUUCCAGCAAAAUUGCCGAAGAAUACGAUGCAUACCAGAGCUCUCAAUCCCAGAAUCCAUCGCAAUUUCCGAACCCUUAAUCCCCAACUCAACCGAAGAUUCGGCGGAAGACACAGUGGAGCAAUUACUCUCUCCCCAGGACAACAAAAUCGUCUCUAAAAUGAUGAAAAUGGAGAGAAAACCAAGUGGUGGUGCUGUUCUACGGGAUAAUAAUGGCCGUUGGUUUCCGUACCUUGAUAAAUUUAAGGUGAAUGAUGUUUAUUUGAGUAGUGCUGAAGUAUUGGAGGCGAUUGAUCCUCUUAUAUUGGAUGUGAGGAAAGAGAGGUUCAGGAAUGUGGUGAGGAAUCGGAGUUUUGGUGUUUGUCUUGUUGUUGAAGGAUUGAGCGAUUACGGAAACGUUUCGGCUGUGUGUCGGUCUGCAGAUGCUCUUGGCUUGCAGUCUGUCCAUGCUGUUUCUUGCGAUAGCUCGAAAAGGUUUAGAGAUAAUCGACAUGUCAGCAUGGGUUCAGAAAAGUGGCUGGAUAUUGAGGUCUGGAACUCAACCCCAGAAUGCUUUAAUGUUCUGAAGUCACGUGGUUACAGAAUAGCUACUACACAUCUGGGAAAGAAUACAGCUUCUAUACAUGACAUAGAUUGGUCAUGCCCAACUGCCAUUGUUGUUGGUAACGAGAACAGGGGAAUUAGUGAAGAAGCUUUAGAGUUGUCAGACUUGCACUGCAGCAUUCCUAUGAACGGCAUGGUUGAUUCUUUCAAUGUUUCAGUUGCUGCUGGGAUACUGAUGCAUCAAGCCGUUUUUGACAGAACACUACGCCUGGUGAGGGGUCUCAUGGGGAUCUAACAUCAGAAGAAAGUCAAAUCUUACUAGCAGAAUUUUUUCUUCGUCAUAGCAAGAGUGCAAUCACCAUGGCCUACGAGUAUGCUAAAAGGAAGUUGUCCAACCCAACGCCGAAGCUUUGAUUCAUCACCUUGCAAAGUUUCAAUAUUUAGAGGCAGGGGCAUUUUAGGUAGUAGAAAUGUAGAAUUGUAAUCAAUUUGCUAGUAGAAUGAAGGAUAAGAUAGGUAGUAGAAAUUAUUUUUUUGCGAACGAUUUCCUAUAAUUGCUAAAAGCAAAAAUUAAUUCCCCAUUACAUUGGUUAAAAAACUAUUUCCGAUAAUACUAUCCACGUAUGAUCGGGUAGAGCGGUUUAUAACGACAUUUGCGGUUUAUUCUUA